CCCAACGGAGUCUGGGCUCAGGUUGUUCGGUUUUUGACAUAUUCAAUGCAAGAGAUGAUAACUGAUACACCGACGCAAAGCCCUAACAUUAAACUCCACACGAAGUAAAACCCCGCCGGAAGGUUCUUCCUUGUUACGCCCUGUCCGGCCACAACCCUAAUUUAAUUUCACUCCACUAAGCGACUCCUCGGAGAUAAGUUCAUGGCGGAACCCGGGAAGCAAAUUAUGGAUGAAGCUCCAGUGAAGCGAAAAUCUGAUCUUGAACUAGUCGAGGAGGUUGAUAAUCGAAAGAAGAGAAAACCUGAGGUUUCUGGUGAUGAUCCUCCACUCAUUGAGGAUAAAUCUAGCAAAGAUGACUCGGAAGCAGAAGCAAACGGUGAAAACGAUGAAGAUGACGAUGACUAUGACGACGACGACGACGACGACGACGAUGAAGUUGUAGACGAGGAUGGUGAGCAUUCCAACGGAAAUUCUGUGAUUGAUAGUAAGGGUAAAGGGAUAAUGGUGGAAGGCAAGGGGAAGGGUAAAUUGAAGGUUGAAAACAGAGGUGAGGAUGGUUCCAGUGACGAUGGAGACCCCUCCGACGAAGACACUGACCUUUCAGAUGAUCCGCUUGCGGAAGUCGAUCUAGAUAACAUUCUUCCUUCAAGGACGCGGAGGCGGGCCGCUCAGCCUGGAGCUUAUAUUGUUAACAAUCUCGACGAUGAUGAUGACAGUGAUGAUAGUGACGCCUAAUUUCAACAAGAUCAUCUUGAGAUGUUGACUUUGAUCCAAUCCAAUUCACCUACCUUGAAUUAAGUGGUGUAAAGCUUCCCCAAGUUAAUUCUGAUCAUAGGAUCUAACUGGAGUUAAUCAGGUAACCUUCCAUAUUCCAUAACUUCUCUUUGGUCCUCUUGACUCCUGGCAUAUUGGUGACAUUUUGGCAUUUGUCCACACAACUGCUACAAGUAGACCUACACCCUGAAUUCAGGAUGGAUUGUUCUUUGGAUUUUAAUCUAUUUAUAAAAUUCCAGCACUGAAAUGCUAAAGCCUUAAAAGGUAAAAAAUCAAGAUGUCAGCCUGGCUUAUUCUACAAUCUAAA